UAUUUUUUGAGAGAUGGUAUAGAAAAUCAAUAUGUUAGCUCCCUGUAUUCUCCUUAGGAAAAUCCACAAGUUGAUAUUUUCUUUCUCUAUUUAGAGUCACUGAAAAUUUCUGGCAGGAUUAUUUAGAAUACCUGGCUUUCUCCUGUCUUUGACGAAGUAGCCUGAGAACUCAAAGUUCUUAUCCAGUAUUCAGGCCAUUAUGACUCAGAAUAGUCAUUAUCCAUACAGAAUAGGAAAAUAAAAAGUGAGAGUACCAUCAUUACAUUUAGACUUUACCAGUGACAGGGAAGGCCAGGGAAGGACCUGGUGUAUAUAGGCUCCAAAUUUUCCUUUCUUUAUUCCUUGUGUCUGUCAUCAUGACAACAAUACCAGAGGAUAUCCGAGCUAUCCUGAAAUUGCCACCCUUGACCAUGUAUCAGAAGGGGAAAACCGUUAACAGAACUCAAGAUAUUCGUAGCACUUUUGAGAGAAUCUCUAAACUUCACAGGCUCCUCCCUGAUCCUCUGAGGGAUGUGCUGUGCUCCUUCACUAGUGAAGAGGACCUUCGUGAAAAUAAUGAAUUCCCUGUAUUUGAAAAGAUUUUAAAAGUUAAGAAGCUGCCAAAUGAAAUUUAUAAAAUAACAGCACCAAAUCACAUGCCAUUCUGGAGAAGAUACAUGUCCAACAAAAUAUUUGAAGCGAAUAGAGAAUUCAUCUUUCGGAAGAGGCCUUUACAGGGGAUUAUAAUGUCAGCUGUAGUUGUGAGAUGGCUGGAAAGAAAUCUGAGACCAUCGCUGACUCAAGAAAUGGUUACUGAAGUGUUGUUAGUAUUUGGCCCUAUUGAAUCAGUUACUUCUAUGGGACAACGCAGUGCUCUAAUUAUAUUCGAGAACAUAAUUUCAGCUUCCAGAGCAGUAUCUGCUUUUCCUCAUGAUGGAAUACUCAAUAGGAUAAAGUGUAUUUGGUUCUAUAAAUACAUGGCAAAAGAUAGGAAAUAUAAGUGUGGUGGGAAAAGAGUUGUAAUUAAGAUUGAGGAUGUGAAUCCACAGUGAAAUGUAAUCAUCAGAACUGUAGUUUAAUAAAGGCACACGGCACCCUGAGUUUGGCCUAUGUAUCUUAAACAAGAAGAAAUUAACCAUCGCUUCAGAAAUGUUUGAUCUUCAUUUUCAAAACAAUCAGAGUUUCGACUUUCUAUUUAAGAAGUUUACAAUGGCAUUCAGGCAUUCAUCAGAGGUAAAUCGUGUUUGAAGUAAAUUACAUUCUUCCAAAUUCA